AUGCCAGUAGGAUCGAACCUCCCCCUGAGAUCAGUCAUACUCCGAUACCCACCUUCCACCAUCGAAGAAUCAGAAGAGAGCUAUCAGUUACUUGAGCUCCCACCUGAAAUCAUAAAAGCUGUUGAAGCUUCCAAGGGAAAAGACAAAGAGAGUAUCUUCCCAUUGACGAUCAAAGGUAAACCUUCAGACGACGCUGUACUGUGUACACCCAAUUCAACAUUCCAAUUACGUACCGUUGGAAUAUCCAAUUCAAUCUUAGUCUGUCGAUCUCCUCAUUCCUCUUCUUCAACGUCAACUGAAGGAGGGGAGAAAGAUACAUUACAAAUACGAGAUACAUGCCAUGAGAUCCUCGAGUGCGUUGCUAUAUCACCUAAUUUAGAGAGGAUACGGACCAUUCUCAAAGAUUCAGCUUGGAAGGGUAUCAAUUCAUCUACCAAUAAUAGUCUGGGUAAGAGGAAACGAGGCGAGAAGGAGAACAAGGUCAAAAAAUGGACAAGAGAUCAAUUGAGUAGUGUGAUUCAGUGUAGUGAAGAGGAACUUGACAAGGGUCUAAAGGAGAGAAAUGUAAUUGAAGUGAAUGGUAAAAUGUUAUUACUACCACCAAAAGAAUUGAAAGAACUCUUAUCGAUCAUGCUUUCCCUUCUGACUAUCCAUUCCCUUGAUCCUACCAAUUCAACUAUCGCAUUAUCUCAACCCAUGUUAGAAGCUUUGCAGGACGAUCAUGAAGUGGAUCCCUCAAUCACCAAAGAGGUACUGACCCUAUUCGGUGAGCUGGUCAAGGAAGAUGGUAAAGAGGAAGAAAUGUGGAAAGCGGAUAUCAAAAGGAUAAUAAGAGAGAUAGGUAAAGGGUUAUUGGUCGGUGUCAAAGAUAAGAAAUUGGAUGAGUUUGAAGAUGAAUGGAGAAAUGAAGUAGGGGAAGAAUGGGGUGAUGAAAUCGAUACAAAAUUACUGGAGGGAGAAUACCUCCUAUCUCCCAAACCGUUAACCACAUCCACCACAUUCUCCUCAUCUUCAUCUCUGAUAUCACAUUUCCCAAUAUCCUCAUUACCCCUUCAACCCUCCGAACGAUUCUCCGAUUUGUUCCUCACUCGUCCUAAAUGGAGACCCGAAGAGAUCCUUCCUUUUUUGAAAGGAUUAACUAGGGAUGGAGAUGUGAAAUCUAGAGAUAAACUCGUACAGAAGUUUGUUAGGGUUGUUAAAGAGAAGGAUGGGAGUAUGUGGUGGUAUCCUAGGAGAAGUAGUUAG